UGUUUUCCUUUAAGAUAUGUCAGUGCAAGUUGUUUUCAGUUUGGACAGCUCUUACAUUUAUUUUAGUCUAGGACUAGUCUAAUCCCUGUCUGGGAAACCGCCCCAAUAUAAUAUAAAGGUUUAGUCCUGGAUUAAUCUAAACCCUGUCUGGAAACCAUGGGCCUUGUUUAAGGUUUAGCUAAAGCGAGGACUGGCCCUUAGUUAAAUUAGGAUGUUUAAGCAUCUUUUGUAAACAGCCUUUAAAAAGACGUUACUGGUGUGUACAUUGAGACAAAUCAAUGGCACUGGCAUAUUUUAAAAGCUGUCAUUUCAAGUUUUUUUUUCAGUUGAGACUGCUUAAACGUGUGUUUUAGUCUAUAGAACUAGCCUGUACCCUUGUCUGUGAAACCAGGGGGUUAGAGAAACAUGUCAUGGAUAAAUUAUUUGUAUUCUUUCUAUAUUUUCUACAUUUUGAGACCUUUCCUGUCCAUGCAUAAUCGUUCCUAUACGAAUAUAAAACUAUAUUUGCUGUAUUCUGAUUUAUGAACUGAUUUUUAUUGCAUGGCAUGCAUACAUAAUAACAUUGGUUGCAUUUGGUGGUUAAAUAGGACUGCUCUGAGGUAGGUUUGUGGGUUUCGGGCAUCCUGGGUGUAAUCCUUAAACCAACUUCUCAUGUUACACUCCUUCCCGCGAGAAACCCCCCAGUCGCGCCAAAACCCCACCUGUGUUGCCACCUUUAUCUUGCUUGCCUGAGCUUGUCAAUAACAGCAUCGAGACAUCUGUGCCUUUUUAUGAGGUAAAUUAAUGACGUACGAUUAAUAUUAUUCAUUAAUUCCCCACAGAGAGACCCCGGCGUCUUUAAGAUCUCUGACGCGCCACAGAUCACAAGCAGCGCGCCCACCUCCCCGCCAACAAACCCUUCAGAGGCGUGGCCAAAACCAUUUUCCGAUUGGCUGCUGCAAGCGCUCUGAGGAAUUUCCUGUACGUGCAGCCAUUCACAGUCGAUGUAUUUGCAUAACGCCGUCCUGAUUGGCUGAGCGAGUGUGAGAUUCGUGAGAGCGCCAGAAAACAAGCUUUAGCGGGUGAUUCAUAUGAAACUCAGCAGUAAGGCGGCUAUGAGCAGUAGAAAUAAGAAGAAUUCCAAGACAUAUCUGCUUAUUUAAAAAUAAAAUGAUGAUCAUUUAGACAGAAACAUACAAGGAUCACCACGCGAAGGAUUAAUAAACAGCUUUUAGUGUUUUUUAUUCCACAAACAAGGAGUUUCAGAUGGAGAGAAAGUGUUUAUCUUUAAAGGAUCUGGUUAGUGUGAGGAAAAUUAUAACAGGCUCAGAUGAUACUGACAACAUGAAUGACCAUAAAGAGAACAUUUGUAUGGAGAGGAGAAUAAUGACGCCGUUGAAGUCUGAAUCUGUGACCGCACACAGCAGGAGAGUUUCAAGCCCAGACAUCACACACAUAACACCCAUCAAACAGUCGGACAGAGCCCACGCGGACCCCUGGACCCCCACGGCAAACCUGAAGAUGCUGAUCAGCGCGGCCAGCCCAGAUAUCCGGGACAGAGAGCUGAAAAAGACGCUCUUCAGACCCAUUGAGAAUGAGGAGAAGGUCACAGAAGAGGACGAGGACCUCGAUGAGUCGUGUCAGUUUGAAAUAUUAGAUGAUUCUGAGAGGAGGCCGAGUCGCAAGCAGAAGAGUCUUGGGCUUCUGUGUCAAAAGUUUCUGGCUUUGUAUCCUGAUUAUCCAGAAACCUCGGAGAAGAUCAACAUCUCUCUAGAUGAAGUGGCCACGUGUUUAGGCGUGGAGAGGCGGCGUAUCUAUGACAUCGUGAACGUUCUUGAGUCUCUGAUGCUGGUGAGCCGAAGGGCCAAGAAUUUGUAUGUUUGGCACGGGCGAUCACUGCUCCCACAGACCCUUCAGGAUCUCCAGCGAGCGGGCCGAGAGCAGGGCUAUCAUCUGCAGAUGGACCAGAAAGACGGAAAUGGCCCGCAUGCCGCCCAGCACACACAAAACACACAAGCGCCUUCCAGUCGGAGGAAAGAUAAAUCGCUGCGGAUCAUGAGCCAGAAGUUUGUCAUGCUCUUCCUGGUGUCCAAAACGCGGACCGUCACGCUGGAUACGGCUGCUAAGAUUCUGAUCGAGGAGGGUCAGGAUGAUUCCACUCACAGCAAAUAUAAAACUAAAGUACGACGCUUGUAUGAUAUCGCAAACGUCCUCACCAGCCUUAAUCUGAUAAAGAAACUCCACGUGCGAGAAGAAAAAAGCCGGAAACCCGUCUUUAAAUGGAUCGGACCUGCUGAUUUCCCAAGCGGCAACAGUGAUUCAGAGACUUUGGAAGUGUCACAAAUUCAGAUGACCACCACGGUCGUGGGAACAGGAGAACGACGAGAGAAGAUGGCUCGUCAUUCCUCUUUUCAGAUCGUUCACACCCCUCCUGUGAAUAUGAGACUGAUAAGCUCCGCCCCCAGCACACCUCACAGAGGUGCCACAGACGAGCCGGUGGAUUUCUCCAGGAAAGGUGUUAAUAGUGCAGCGUGUCGACUGCAGUUCGGAGACAGUGGCAGUCCUGGAGCACCCUCUGCUGGACGGGCGUCUCUCGAUGUGCCCCCCCAACUUGAGACUCCAUAUGCAGCCCGGUUCACCCCGCAGACAUUGACGUACCUGCCUCAGACCCCCCUGCUCAUGCUGUACAGCAGCCCCGUCCCUGAGCGUAUCGCACACGGUCAGAGUUCACCCGUCUCAGCAGAUCAAAAGAAGAGAGAGAGGGAGGAUGAUCAGGACAAAGAUCAGGCUGCUAAAAGAAACAAAUGCUCUGCGUCUUCAGAAAGUGACACGGGUGAGAGUGAGUGUCUCACAAAGUCUCCGCUCAGCUCCAGAGAAGGUUCCCCCGGGAAUGAGGAAGCCACGGGAAAACGCAGUCAUACGGAUCCCCUCCUUUCUUCUCAAUACCUUUAUGUUCCAAACACAGCAGGACUGAACGGUCUGAAUUUCCUCAUGCCGGCAGGGCAAACGCAGGGCGGCGUGCCGGCCGUAGCCGUGCCAUAUUUCCUGCUGCCCUCAUCGCUCAUAGCAAGUGCGGUGCCUGCGUCCGGCGUGGAGGGAGCUGCCAAAAGCGGUUUGAGUUUUCGAGUGCCCACUGUACUGUCGCCCACCCGCUUUGUGAUGGCAGGCGGGGCGUUCGGUGUGCCUGAAAAGGAGAACGGCACUGAGCAUCACGGGUACAAAACACCGGGCUUCUUGCUGUCACCACAGGUGCACAGAAAACCGAGCCCUCAAACAGCACAGACUCCAUCAACACCAAAGGAAAUAGAAAUGGGGUCCAAAUCUUUCUUUCAGACACCCGGAUCUGAACUUACAUACCUACAAGCGACACGCAAGAGAGGCUCUGCCAUAAGGAAGCUGGACAUCGAACACACAUCAGCCAAUUAAAUUCAUCAUUCACGCUUCUAUGGUGCUGCCAAAGAAAAAACGGCAUUACAUGGUAAAGACUGGCUUGAAUAACUGUAUUAUCAGUGAAGAUUUCAUGUUUACUGACAGUAUCAGAUCAUUACAGGUAUUAAAACUCUAACUCAGGGUUCAUGGGUGCACGUCUAUGAGUUGGAGCUGUUAUGUGCCCUCUUUAGGCAUUAUUUUUAUUUCCCCCAUUUAAGAGUAUUUUUAAUAUCAACCCAGCAUAUUGAUAGUAUUUCGUUUCCAGUAUCAUUUCUAAUUCAGGGGCUGUAACCAAUAAACCAGCCAGUCUAGCACUACAUUAUUUAAAAAUGUAAAUUGAAUUGAGGCCUUACACAUACUCUACUUGUACAUAAAUCUGCAUUAGUAUUUUACACUUUAACAUCCAUCUGAGCUGAAGCCAGCAUGCCUUAGAAAUGAUUUUGUGUGAAAUACACCGACUGCGUUGACCUGAUACAGUAAUUAUGAAGAAACCCUCUUCAGUCUUUAUAAGAUUUAAAGUCAAAUUUGAUGUACAUUGAACAAAAUGAAUGUUACAGGAAAAUUUUGGGGAUUUAGUAAUAACAAAUAAUGGUUGUGAUUGUUGACAUUUUUGUUGAGUUUUGAGGUGUUACGUCUGUGGAACAAAUAGGAAAUGUAUACUGAGACAUACUUGAAAUCCCAGUGAAUUGUGAUCUAUGAUCACUGGAUUUACUAUCACAGUACUGUAUCACUUGAAACAAUGUUUAUCUAUUCAAUGUUUUAAAUUAUUUUUUUAAAUUCGAGUUAAAUGUGGAUUGAAUUUUACACCACAGUGUGUAUUCAUUACUGUACAGAGUUAUUUGACCUGAAAUCAGCAUUGAAUAUUUUUGUAUAUGUGUUUAUUUCUGUACAUGUCACUGUUGAAAUAUCUUUGCUGGAUGUUUAGAGAUGUUUCAGCUUUUUAAGGUGGGCACUGCUGAACCUCUAAGGUGCUUUUGUGUGUCUGUGUGUCUGACAAUGCUUUAAAUGAUUAUUUUGUGUUGUAAUACAUGUGUCAUGUUUAGAUUUGCUAAAUAAAUUAAAUACAUUUAAAAA